AUGGCUGACGUCAAAAGCGAGCGGGGCAUCCGAAUAGCGAUUGACCGUGGAGGCACCUUCACAGAUUGCGUGGGCAAUGUGGAUGGGGAGGAUAUCGUGAUCAAGCUUUUGUCCGAAGACCCUGCCAACUAUGAAGAUGCCCCGCUGGAGGGCAUACGGCGCAUCAUGUCGCACUUCUUGAAGCGCGAGAUCCCACGCGGGGAAGCCCUCGACACGACUAAGAUCGAGUCGAUUCGUAUGGGGACCACCGUGGCUACGAAUGCGCUGUUAGAACGUAAGGGCGAGACAAUAGCAAUGGUGGUUACCAAAGGCUUCAAGGACUGCUUAGCUAUCGGGAACCAGUCGCGGCCCAAGAUUUUCGACCUAGCCAUCCACAAGCCCGACGUCCUCUAUUCCGAGGUCGUGGAGAUCGAUGAGCGAGUCACGCUCGAGGACUACGCUGAAGAUCCAACGCGGAAGAUCACACAAGCAGAGGUGAAAGCGGGAACCGCAGAAGCUGAGAAAGCAGAUCUGGUCAUGGGCUUGUCCGGCGAGGCAGUACGAAUUCUACGAAGGCCCGAGAAAGAGGCAAUAAGAAAGCAGUUGCAAGAGAUAUAUGACAAAGGUAUCAGGAGCAUAGCAGUAUGCUUAAUGCAUGCUUAUACGUUUCCCGACCAUGAAGCCACAGUUGGCAAGAUUGCUCAAGAUAUUGGCUUCAAACACAUAUCGCUAAGCUCCGAGCUCAUGCCAAUGAUCAAAUUAGUGUCUCGGGCUACAUCAGUCUGCGCGGAUGCAUACUUGACCCCUGCUAUAAAGAAAUACAUAUCCGGAUUCCAAAAUGGUUUCGAGGGUGGACUAGGCACUAAGAGUGUCAAGCAGGAAAAGGGGGACCGGGGUGCAAGGUGCGAGUUCAUGCAGAGCGACGGCGGCCUCGUAGACGUGGAGAAGUUUACAGGUCUAAAAGCCAUUCUGUCGGGACCCGCAGGCGGUGUCGUUGGCUACGCCAUCACAUCUUAUGAUGAGGAAACGAAAAUACCAGUGAUCGGCUUCGACAUGGGCGGCACUAGUACAGACGUCUCUCGAUAUGGAGAGGGUCGUUAUGAUCAUACGUUCGAAACUACAACGGCGGGUGUUACCAUCCAAUCACCACAACUGGAUAUCAACACAGUCGCGGCAGGUGGUGGGUCAAUGUUGUUCUUCAGAAACGGGUUAUUCGUGGUCGGUCCAGAGUCAGCUGGUGCACACCCAGGACCGGCGUGCUACCGAAAGGGAGGACCGGCAACGGUCACAGAUGCCAACUUGUAUCUUGGCAGAUUACUUCCUGAGUUCUUCCCCAAGAUCUUCGGCAAGAAUGAGAAUGAGGGCCUUGACGUGGAGGCCAGUAAGAAGGUGCUUCAAGAACUUGCUGAUCAAAUCAACAAGGACACUGGCAAAAAUAUGAGCGUCGAUGAGGUGGCAUAUGGCUUCUUGACCGUCGCAAACGAAAGCAUGACCCGUCCCAUACGUUCUAUCACUGAGGCAAAAGGCCACGAUUCUUCAAAACAUCGACUUGCGACGUUCGGUGGCGCGGGUGGUCAGCACGCCGUUGCCAUUGCGGAGGCACUGGGUAUCAAGCAAAUUUUGAUUCAUCGUUAUUCGUCUGUUCUCUCAGCGUACGGCAUGGCUCUAGCUGAUGUCGUGGACGAGAGGCAGGAACCUGAAUCAAAGGUCUGGGCUGACGACGGGAAAGUCGUUGACGAACUUAAGGAAAAGAUGGAGAAGUUGAAGGAGAAGUCACGCAAUGCCCUUAAAGAACAAGGUUUUGAGGACAAAGAAAUUGUGUUUGAGGAAUAUCUCAAUAUGAGAUACCGAGGAACAGAAUCUGCUCUCAUGAUCAUCAAGCCUAGUCAAGAUGAUGCAAAAAAACAUUUUGAUGGCAUAGAAUGGGCGUUUGGAAAGGCAUUUGUUAAGCACCACCGCUACGAGUUUGGGUUUACUCUAGAUGAUAGAGAUAUCAUUGUUGAUGAUGUUCGGGUCAGAGGUAUUGGCAAGAGCUUUCGGUACUCUGAAAAGACGGUCGACCAACAGUUAAAGUCGCUGAAGCGACAAGCGGUCACAGACAACAAGAAACACUCAACUGCAGAAGUCUAUUUUGAAGGCGGCCGUUUGGAUACCCCUAUCUAUAAAUUGGAUGAUUUGGAUGUGGGCAGUAGCGUCAAAGGACCAGCGAUGUUGGCUGAUGGUACGCAAACAAUUGUUGUGACCCCGAAAGCUGAGGCACUGGUCCUUGAAACCCAUGUUGUCAUCAACAUAGAAGAGGACAAGGGCAGGGGCGAAGAGGAAGGAGAUCAGUCGGACCGCGAGGUUGACCCGAUUCUUCUGAGUGUUUUUGGCCAUCGCUUCAUGGCCAUCGCGGAACAGAUGGGGAGGGCGCUACAGAAGACGAGUGUGAGCACCAAUGUGAAAGAAAGACUCGAUUUCUCUUGCGCUAUAUUUGACGCAAACGGAGGCCUGGUUGCGAACGCACCACAUCUACCCGUUCAUCUUGGUUCCAUGGGAACAUGCGUAAAACGACAGGCUGAAAUUUGGAAGGGAGAUCUCAAACGGGGCGAUGUGAUUAUCUCUAACCAUCCCUCGUAUGGCGGAACCCAUCUCCCGGACGUGACGCUUACGAUGCCAGCAUUUGAUGAAAAGGGGGAAAACAUUCUCUUUUAUGCAGCAUCGCGUGCUCACCACGCUGACAUCGGCGGUAUUACCGCCGGAAGUAUGCCACCACAUUCUCGCGAAUUAUACCAGGAAGGAGCCGCUAUCAAGAGCGAGAAGCUUGUUAGUGAAGGCAAAUUCAACGAGGAGAGAGUAAUAGAGUUGUUUUACAAAGAACCCGCCAAAUAUCCGGGCUGCAGUGGAACGCGCUGCCUCGCAGACAACAUUAACGAUCUUCGUGCCCAAGUAUCUGCAAAUCAGAAGGGCAUCUCGUUGAUAGAGAACCUCAUUCAGGAAUACGGAGAAGACACUGUCAUGUUCUACAUGAAGAAUAUCCAGGACAAUGCCGAAUUCUGUGUUCGACGGCUUCUGAAGCAAGUCAGCAAGAAAUUCGAAGGCAAGGAUCUCUCUGCUGUUGAUUUUAUGGAUGACGGAAGUCCAAUAAAGCUGAAGGUCACAAUUGAUGCGGAGAAGGGCGAGGCAGUGUUCGAUUUUGAAGGAACUGGCUCUGAGGUCUACGGCAAUAUCAAUGCUCCGGAAGCCGUUACAUACAGUGCCAUUAUUUACUGUCUGAGGUGUUUGAUCUCAGAAGACAUUCCUCUUAACCAGGGCUGCCUCAAGCCCAUCAACGUGAAGAUACCGCCUAAAUCGCUGCUUUCUCCUUCUGAUCAUGCGGCCGUGGUGGGAGGCAAUGUUCUCACAAGCCAGAGAGUAACGGAUGUGAUAUUUAAAGCUUUCCAGGCUUGUGCCGCCAGCCAAGGUGAUUGCAAUAACCUCACUUUCGGUUUCGGUGGAAACAUGGCCGGCCAGGAAGAGGUCAAGGGUUUCGGAUAUUACGAGACCAUCGCAGGCGGCAGCGGUGCAGGCCCGGACUGGGACGGUACCAGUGGUGUCCAUACCCAUAUGACCAAUACUCGCAUCACAGACUCGGAGGUUUUCGAGAGGAGAUACCCUGUAAUAUUGCGUGAAUUCUCGAUUCGCAAAGGCUCAGGAGGCAAUGGCCAGCAUCGCGGUGGUGACGGAGUGACACGAGAUAUCGAGUUCCGGAUUCCUGUGCAAGCUUCUAUCCUCAGUGAGCGACGAGUCUAUCACCCGUAUGGAUUAGCUGGAGGAGAGGACGCUGAAUGUGGCUUGAAUCUUUGGGUUAGGAAUGUCGAGAAAGCAAGCUGGGAGAAGCAGCUACGCAGACUCAAGAACGGCAACGGUCAAGCCAACGGUAACAACAACGACGAAGAGACCGAAUAUGAAGAGCGCUUCAUCAAUCUUGGAGCUAAGAAUAGUGCCCCAAUGAAGGCUGGAGAUAGGAUCAUUAUCUGUACUCCUGGCGGUGGCGGAUGGGGAAGAGUUGGGGAAGAAAAGGCACAUAAGAAAAAAUUGGACCCUACAGACUCUUGGAGAAAGGGAUCACAUGCAGCACGGGAAGACGCGGCGCUGCAAGUAUGA